AUGGUCAGGGACAGAGACAGGGGUCGGUCGGUCCUCAGGGGUCCGUCGAUGACAUCUCCUGCUGCAGCUCGCCGGCCGGCCGCCAGCUCAGGUCAGCCAUCCCAGCAGGCCGUUGGCUCUGGCAGCAGUUACCAAGGUGACAGCAUGUCAGCGCAGCCCCGCAGCGCCGCUGAGGGCGGGAGGGUGGGGCGGAGGGGAGCGAGCAGGGAGCCCGAUGCAUCACCAGCUCUGAUGGGGAACCCCCGCCACCUGGGGAGCGCACUUUUCCGCAGACUGAGACCAUUAUGGGAAACACUUCGGUCUCAGAUCCAGAUCCUCUUCCUCUCCGACGGGCCGGGGCAGGGCUGGCAGCUGCGUCUCCGAGCCCCAGUUCACCCUUCAUUCUCAAGUCUGAAGCUGCUCAAGAAGCCUUUAAAGUAUCCAGAGAGACGACAAACAGGCAAAGACUUUGUGAUACGAUCAGAAGCUCCAGAACAACUACUAAACCCUUGUUAUGUCAACCACUGUUCCCAAGAACUUCCGUCGAUGACAUUUCCGCUGUCAGCAAAGAUGGCGGCGCCUGGUGUACGCACCGUGGGCAGAGUGAGCACCUUUCUGGGAAAAUGUGGGAAUUGCAGCUCGAAUAUCAACACAGUCACGUCGCAGCUGAGCCGACAGGUGCUGAGCAGGCGGAUAUGUGUGAGCUCUGCCCUGCACAGGAAGAACCUGGCGGCUGCAGGACCAGAGAAGUUCUCGGUGGAGUACAUCCAGAAACAGGUGGAGGAGUACAACAUCGGGAAACGACACCUGGCCAACAUGAUGGGAGAAGACCCCGAAAACUUCACUCAGGAGGACAUAGAUAGGAGCAUCACCUAUCUCUUCCCCUCCGGCCUGUUUGAGAAGAAAGCCCGGCCCCUCAUGAAGCAUCCAGAUGAAAUCUUUCCAAAGCAGAGAGCCAUCCAGUGGGGAGAGGACAGACGGCCUUUCCACUUCCUGUUCUACACCGGCAAACAGGCCUACUACACCCUGAUGCAUGAUUUAUUCGGCAAAAUCCUGAACAUAGAGAAGCACCAAGAUCGCCUGAGAGCCAAAGGACUCUUCUCCAAAGACGUCAAGCAGAUCACUCUGGGAACAAGCAGGUGGCUCCUGAAGGAGGAACUGGAGGUGCUGCUGGUGGAGACCAUCUCCGCUCAUGAUUACAAUCGCUUCAUCCAGUCGAUGGAGCGUCUGCUGUCGCUGCCGUACAGCGCCACCGAGGAGGAGUUUGUCCUGCGUUACCGUCAGCAGCUGGAGGCUCAGUCCAGGAAGCAAAUGGUGCCACAGCUGGAGAAGGAUGAGAGGGGCGUGGCCUUCAGCACAGCAGAGGGUCGAAGGAAGACAUCGAACUCCUCCGUGGUUCUGAGAGACUCCGGCUCAGGACGGAUCACCGUUAAUGGUCAGGACUACCUGCACUACUUCCCCGUCCUCCAAGACAGAGAGCAGCUGAUGUUCCCGCUUCAGUUCAUGGGCAUGCUGGGACGCUUCGACCUGGAAUGCACCGUGAGCGGCGGCGGGCGGUCCAGCCAGGCGGGGGCGCUGCGGCUCGCCAUCGCCCAGGCUCUGCUCGGCUUCCUGUCUGACGGAGAGAUGGAGAACAUGAGACAAGCUGGUCUGUUGACCCCUGACCCGAGAGUGAGAGAGAGGAAGAAGCCGGGUCAGGAGGGAGCGAGAAAGAAAUUCACCUGGAAGAAACGCUGAGGAGGAAGACGAAGAAGAGGAAGAGGAAGAAACUCAAAUAUGAAACAUUCAGACUGACUUCUUUAUUCACCUCAGUGUGAACAGAUGCUCUUCAUGUUGCUCGUGUGUGAUUUUAGUUUAUUUAAAGCUCUUUGAAGAACGACCAGGCCAACGUCUUCAUACACUCUCACACGGCUGCCAUGUUUUGAAGAUGCAGGAGCUGCAGUUCGCUCCGUCGGCCAGCAGAUGGAGGUCUGUGUCAAGGAAUGAAUGAACAGGUUGAACAUGUUUAUCAGUGUAUGAAUCAAUAAAUUAAGUGUUUUUUUUCUCAUA